UGCAUUUAGGAUUUGGCUAGGCUCUCUCUCUCUUUCUGCAUUUUCUUGGCGCUUCUCAAAAGAGAUAGAGGUAGAAAGAUUGGAUAAGGAAGAUACAGCAAUGAGAAAACCUUGCUGUGAUAAGGAAGGCACAAACAAGGGUGCAUGGUCUAAACAAGAAGACCAAAAGCUCAUUGAUUACAUCCGAAUCCAUGGUGAAGGCUGUUGGCGUUCCCUUCCUAAGGCUGCAGGAUUGGAUCGUUGUGGCAAAAGUUGUAGGCUCAGAUGGAUAAACUAUCUCAGGCCAGACAUCAAACGUGGGAACUUUGGUCAAGAUGAAGAGGACCUCAUCAUCAAGCUUCAUGCCCUACUCGGCAAUCGGUGGUCACUCAUAGCCGGAAGGUUACCAGGGCGGACAGACAAUGAAGUAAAGAACUAUUGGAAUUCACAUAUCCGGCGAAAGCUAAUAAGUAUGGGAAUUGAUCCAAAUAACCAUAGGCUAAACCAGAUUCCACCUAUUCCUUUUUCUCAACCCAAGUGUGUUUCUCCAACUGCAACAUCUUCUCAUGAGUCUAUGAAUAAUAACGAGUCUUCUAAGCCUCUCAUCAAACCCUUUGCCAAUACUACUACAGCUGAUAGGGUAUCUGACACAACAAGUGGUUUUGAAGAUGAAAUUUCUGGUUCUUUGGACUUGAAUCUUGAUCUCACAAUUGCUGUUCCUUCAGCUUCUUCGCUUACACUUGUACAAGAGAAGCUACAAAUUAAUUCCAAGUCCAUUGUCACAAAAGAAGUGACAAUAAGUGAACAAGUUCCUACCCUUGCUCUUUUCAGAUAAUUAAGUUGAUAAUUCUAUAGCUAUUGCUUGGUGUUAGUAGAUUGAGAAAUUAAUUAAUUAUAUUAAUUAUAUUAAUUACUCAAUGCCUGUCCUGGGAAUCGGAGAAAGAAAGAAAGAUUCACAAGGGGGAAACUGUUUGGCUGGAGAUCUUUUUUAUUUUGGCACUAGGCAAACAGCAGUGCAUUAUAUGUAACAAUGCUUGGAUAUGUAUUUACAUAAAGUAGACUAGACCAAUUUAACCAUUCAUAUCCAGUUUAUGGGGUCAAGUCUCUAUAUUUGAAUACUUGUGUAAUCUUUCACUGUACAGCUCAGAAGGAUAGCAAUAGCUUAUAGUUGAAAGAUUGAUACAUAUGGAAUGCAGCUAGACUCAUCAUCAAAAAUUAUUUGAUGGGGCAGGUCUUUUUAUUUGUAUCCCAGAGCCCAAAACUAAUAAAUGUACUUAGAAUGAUCUUGGGAUUA